CUGGUUGAAACAACUGUCAUUUACAAUGAGUGGACAUGAUGGGGAAGACAGAGCAGGAGCUGGAAAACACGAAUUAAACAUUUCAAGAAGUAUCAAAAACAACUUUUAAAGUUGCUUGUGUAAUGGUUACGGCUUACUUCGGCAUGUGUUAGUACCUUACAGAGAAGCAGAAGCUUUGGCGAAGUACGUCUUUCUUAUUGCGGUAGGAAUUACAGCCUGUUUCGGAGGAUGUCAGCCCCCAGCAACUCGCUUCAGCAGCCGAGGGUGAGACGCAGCAAUGCGGGCUCCCCCGGUUCUUUCAACAACAGCUGCCGUUUGCUCCCCAUCCGUGCCACCGUGCCCUACCAGCUCCUGCGUGGGGGUCAGAGCAGCCCGACCCGGGCGCAAACCCUCUACGGAGGAGCCACGAGCAGCCGAGGCUCGAGUCCCCCCUCCAGUCCGACACUCAAUUCAGGAAGUGCAAAUGCUAAGCAGAGACUGUCCCCCGAAAAUAAGGAUUCCUCCUGCCCCCCGGACUCUACGGUUUCCAGAGAAAGAUCCAAGGCGCAGCUUCGGAGUUCCAGUGCCAUUCGGCGGACAUCUUCCCUGGACGCCAUCACAGGGCCAUACCUCACGGGCCAGUGGCCUCGGGACUCCCAUGGACCCUACCCCUCCUGUAUGAAAGACAAAGCGACACAGACUCCAGGUCUCUGGAUUGACGAGGGAGCAGAACAGGGAAGUCCUCACCAGCGGUCAGCCUCUUGGGGCAGCGCAGACCACCUCAAAGAGCAGAUUGCUAAACUGAGACUGCAGCUGCAACGCAGUAAACAGGUCAGCCGACAGAGCAAAGACAGGGAGCAGAGCUCACUGCAGCUGUCGCAACAGGCACCGCAUGGCAUCGCAUGCACGCCGCAGUACAAAGGAACUUCAGCAGCUUUGUCGGCAUUCCCUGUGCCAAAAUCCCUCAUAUGCAGAGUGCCGAGCAGCGUGGAGGGCAUCAACCAUGAGCUAGAAAAUGUGUUUAUCAGAGAGGACUGGGAGCAGGGCAUACAGGUACAGGCCAUGGAUGUGGUAGACGGCCGCCGUGCCCCUUUUCCUCAGUAUCACUAUGGCAGCAGCGGGGACACACGUGACACGGACACACAGGCGCCUUCAAGUGGUGAUUCCAGCCCGCUGUACCGCCGCUGCAGCUCGGACCACUUCCACUCCCCUGACGGAAGCCCCUGUUCUGCAGAGGAAAUCGACAAAGACAAUGUCUGUAGUUCUCCCCUCCCAAAGUUUGCCACUUCUCCCAAACCUAACAACAGCUACAUGUUCAAACGAGAACCUCCAGAGGGCUGCGAGAAGGUCAAAGUGUUUGAGGAGAUGGUGUCCAGCAAAUCAAAGGGCUUCCCCCUGUUCUCGUGCCCUGACAAAAACAAGGUGAACUUCAUUCCCAGGGGCUCUGCCUUCUGCCCCGUCAAACUCCUCUGCUCCUCCCUCUUCUCCCCGGUCUCUCCCACGUCCUGCUCCUCCGCCAGCCCCGGCCUCCAUGGCAACGACAGCCCAGGGCCUCAGGUGACCCCGACUCUGCCCACUGCACCACUAGCUACCUUUCCAGGCUCCGCUGACCGGAGCACCGACACAAGCACAGGCUUAAACACAGAGAACAGCACAGACAGCCCGAGCCCCGACGCAGAUGUGGGGAAAGACGGCUCAGCACAAGUGUUCCUCACCAGCUAGUCCUCAGGUAUUCACGACCAAACCACCCACAGCUAAAACACUUCAGCUAAUCCGGUGGUAUGGUUUUAAAACGAAGGGAGAGAGAGAGGAAAAAAAAACAAAAGCAAAUUUAAAAAAAAAAAAAAAAAAUUGCACUGCGUUAAUCCUAACGUUAGCCAGCAGGGAGUGCCCAAGGUCUAGAAAAGACACGUAGGAGGGUAAUGGUGCCAGUAUCCUGCUGCACAAGCAUGUCUGCGCGGUCCCAGUGUUUGUGCUGCCGUUAUUGAACUUUGAUGUUUUAUCAAGAAGAAGAAGAUUGAGAACUUGAUGAUGGUUUGAUCUUUGUCGUCAUGGCUUAAGAGUGCGCUGACCUUGGGCACAGCCUCCGUUCAUCCCUCACUAACCUAACCUUUUCCUCUGUACCGUGACGACACCCAUAACAGGAAUAGCUUUGCUUUCUUUUUUUGCAAAAAAAAAGAAAAAAAAAUUGUGUUACGUAGUGCCUGCAGUUUUAUCAAAGUAAAUCAAAAAGUAAAAAUCCUAAACUUUCACAAGAGACAAUUAUGAGGUGUCAGAGAGACACAUUCUACUCACAUUAUCUAACCAGCUUAUUAGCUGUUCAGUGUUCAGCAAGCUAACAUGUAAAGUACAUACACACAAGCUUCUUAAGCUUUUUGACAGGAUGGGAAAUGCUUCAUAUCUUAAACAUAUCAGGAUGUCUUACGGUCAGAAUACGUUGUCCGACAUUAACCACAGUGUUUGCACUUGCUAAGACCUGGCUCAGAAUGAUACAGACUGUGGCCUUUUUUUGUUUAUUUUAAAGUAUUUGUAGCACAGUGUCAAAGUGAAACCAGCAGUUGCUGGAGUGCAGGCUCCACCCAACAGGCUUACAAAGAUCUAGAUCUGCAUUUCUGGUCUGCUCUCUAUUAAAACUGGGUUAGGUGAACACAAAAUGCAAAUCAGCUGUUUCUCAGUGACCAAAUAACCGAUCACAAAGCACACAGUUCCCCCAUUGCCUUGUUUUAUUGCCCCACACUACACAGAACAGUAACUCAGGUCACAUGGAAUGUACUUGCUUGGACUACGUUGCCUUUCCCCAGUAUUUAUCGCUUUAUUCUACAGGAAGACAUUCCAGUCUUUAGCAGAAAAUGUUUUACUUUUUACCCCAGAGAGGGAGGUUAUAACGGACUAAAUCAGCUGAUGGAUGUCACAGCUUGUGACAGAUGACUUUUGCAUUAACCUGUUCAGGUUAGAGCUUCAGGUGCUACGACACAUUCCAGAGAUCGCUGUUGCAUUGGUCAACUGUGAGUGUUCAUGUAAAUGCAAAUAGCCACAUAAGCUACACCCUCCUGAAUUGAGAAGUUGACAAAUGUGUUGUUUGUUUCACCCCUUUGUUAAAUAUGUACCAAAGCAAAUUACAAAACAAUGAAAGGCCUGUCAUGUAUUAGGGACAAGAGAGGCAUCAGUUCAGUGCCAGAAGCAGAAUGUUUGUGUGCACUUUGUUUUGUUGAUAAACAGUUCAGCAACAUAUAAACACUGGUUCCUAGUGUUUCAAACACAGGCGAUAGUCGUUAGACUAAGCCGAAGCACUUAUUUGUAAGUGAGAUGAUAAUCGCUAUUUUUAUUUUAGACCAAUUCGUAAGUUAAAACAAUCAGAACGCGAGUGUGCAAUUGAUUUUUUUGAAGUAAAGCUACACUAACAAUCUUUGUGUAACACAGUUUGGCUAAAUAUGAAGAUCCAACCAGAUGUGCCCUAACGUUAGUUAAGCCGUAUCACCAGAACAUGUAGAAAAAGAAAACGGGGCUGAUUUUAGUAAACUAGUAAAAUUUUUCAUUCCAAAACAAGCCACUUGCAUGCAGAAACACAAAUAUGAACAAUAUGCAACACAUUCCACACAGUUUAAGUUGAAAUGUUCGUCUCUGCUUGCAGCUCCGGGAGUUUCAGUCGUACGAAUUCUGAUUUUAUUCUCAAGCUCAUUGUGCAGUGCAGUUAAUGGUUGCCAUCUUUGGCACUGAUGAUUCAUUUCUUUUGUGUAUUCCGCAUUUUUAUGUAGAUCUUGUGUGUGUGUUUUUCAAUAAAGAAAACGAUAAAAUCUC